UAGCAAUUAGCAAAGAAAAAACCCUUAAAUUAGUGAAGUAUCUCUGCUUGUAUUGCCAAAAAAAAAAAAUCAGUUUAAUCCAUGCGUUUUUGUUUUUAAUUCUUGGGACAUUGGUAUCUCUUGCCAUGUGUCGAACAAUUCUUGAAAGCACCAUUGUUGACAAACAUGAGCAAUGGAUGGUUGAUUUCAGUCGAAAAUAUGAGAGCAAAUUAGAGAAGGAGAAGCGUCUUAAUAUAUUCAAAGACAACUUGGAAUAUAUUGAGAGCUUCAACAAUGGCGGAAAUAGGAGUUUUAAGUUAGGCCUCAAUGAAUUUGCAGACAUGACACAGGAUGAAUUCAUUGCAACUCACACUGGAUACAAGAUGCCGAGCAAUUCCACAUUGUUCGAAUCAACAUCGUUUAUGUAUGAAAACUACUUAAACGCUCCGACAAACUUCGAUUGGAGGGACCAAAAUGCCGUUACUCAUAUUAAGAAUCAGGGUAAAUGUGGAUGUUGUUGGGCAUUUUCAGCAGUGGCAGCCGUUGAAGGGUUAAUCAAAAUCAAAACUGGUAAAUUAAUCCCAUUAUCUGAGCAACAACUGUUGGAUUGCAGCAGAAAUGGAGGAAACCAAGGUUGCGAAGGAGGAUGGAUGAUGAAUGCUUUCGAUUACAUUAGCCAAAACCAAGGAAUAACCUCUGAAGAAAGCUACCCAUAUAAAGAAAUGCAAGAAACUUGCGACACACAGAUAAACGAAGUUGCCACCAUCAGUGGCUAUCAAAUGGUGCCUAAAAACGACGAAGAAGCAUUGCUUAAGGCCGCCGCGAAUCAACCGGUCUCGGUUGCACUUGAAGGCACUGGACGAGACUUUCGGUUAUACAGUGGUGGAGUGUUUACUGGAGAUUGUGGAAAUUCUCUCACCCAUGCUGCCACCAUUGUUGGAUAUGGGACAAGUGAAGAAGGUUUAAACUAUUGGCUGAUUAAGAAUUCAUGGGGAGAAACUUGGGGUGAAAAUGGGUAUAUGAGGAUUCAAAGGAAUGUGGAAACGCAAGGUGGCUUAUGUGGUAUCGCCAUGAAAGCUUCGUAUCCAAUUGCAUAAGUUCAUAUUACUGCAAUUAGUUAGCCGUGUCAAAUGGUCUAAGAUAUAUGUUGUACUCGUGUUUUUCUUCCUUUCAUUUGGUGUUGAUGUUUGUGGUUUGUUUGGAACUAUGAGUCCUGCACUCUUGCCAACCUUUUAUCUAUAUAAUGAAUAAAUGAUUAUUUAUUAAAAAAAAA